AUGGCCUCCCAACCGUGGCUUCUUUACGCAUACCCUUGGAUGCCCUAUCCUCGUAGAAUUAUUAUUCAUCUUCGAGAAAAGAACAUCCCUUCUUCUCUCGUCACGAUUGUCCCUGUUUCUGACCCUCAGCUCGGCGAUAGCGCCGCGGAAGGAUUUCCCCCACGUCCCAAAGGCAGCCUCCCUAUCUUGGCUAUCCCAAAUUCGGAUUCAGCUGACUCUAAAUCCGAGUCAUACAUCUACAUUCGCCAGUCACUCGCCAUCAUGAACUACCUCGAUGAGCUAUGCGACGCUGGUGCACAGGGAUUCCCAAAGUCCACAUACCCCAUGCGCGGCGAAGAUGCACUUAGUCGAGCUCGAGUGACAGAGCUCAUGUGCCUGGCAGACGAACUGACCACAGCCUGGAACCCCGUCAGAACCUUUGGCACAGGCGCAGGCACCAUGGCUCUCCCCGAAGCGUCCAAGGAGAUGCUACGAUGGCUUCAACGAACUUUGACCACGAUCGAAGGGUGGUUCAAAAACAAAGAUUUCUCGGAUCUUCGCGCAGGUGGUACCCGAGGGCCUAAUAUGGCUGAGAUUGUCCUUUACCAGUUUCUCGAGUUUACCAAAGACUGCUUCGGCAAGGAUAUGACUAAGGGGUCUUUGAACAAGGGGCUGGAUGUUUAUGGAAGAGAACAGGCUCCCGAUGAGUUUCCGAAAUUGGCCGAGUUUUGCGAGGCUUUCAGUACCAGGGAGAGUGCAGUUCGGAAGGAAUCUGCUGGUGAGGUAGCGGGGGAGAAGACUUUGAAGGCUAUGCAGACUUGGAAUUGGUAG